AUAUUUUGUAUGAGAAUUUCGAUAGUUUGGGGUUCAUAUUUUUUUAGAAAAAAUAGUAAAGUUUUGUUUCCAAACCUGAUAAGUGUUUAAAAGAAAAUGGCAAAAAAUACAUCUAGUUCAGCAUUUCGUAAAAUUGAUAUCGAUCAAUACAAUGAAGACAAUUUCAAGGAAGAUGAAGCCGAACAAUCAGUGCCCACGGGACCAGACGAAAGCGAAGUUUGCUCUUUGCUGAAUCAAGGUAGACAUAUUGAAGCCCUCAGAUUAGUUCUGAGCAAUGCACCGAUGGGAUCUUUGAAUCAACAAAUCAAAGAUAGUGCUCUAGCACUGACACUAAAAGUGCUGCUUGCAAUCAAAUCUGCUCAAAUAGAAGAAGUGGUUGGAAACCUCUCCAGGGAUGAUAUUGAUAUUCUCAUGAAAUACAUUUACAGAGGAUUUGAGUUUCCAUCUGAAGGCUCAAGUGGACAUCUUUUAUUGUGGCAUGAAAAAGCAUACAACAUUGGAGGAACUGGAUCCAUUGUCAGAGUCUUAUCUGACAGGAUGAAAGUUUAAUGUAACAGACAUUAUUAUUUAUACUUAAUUAAUGUUGUAAGAGCAAUAUUCUAAAACUUUAAAAAGAACUCUUUUUGCAUUUUUAAACUAAUCAAUUCCAAAACUACUCAAAAUGAAGUAGUAAUACCCAUUAUGUUAAAAAUACUUAAAAUAUAGUUACUCCAAAAUA